AUGGAGCUCGUUGACUACGAUCUUAAAACUUUCAUGCAGACAAUGCACAAUCAAUCAAAAACACCAGAUACAGUAUUCCUAGUAAUGGAGUACGUGCCACAUGGAGUGUACAAUAUAAUGCAGACAAUGCGUAGCGACAGACAAAUGUUUGAGCCCAAACACGUUAAGAGCCUAAUGAUAGAACUGCUAAGUGCCGUUCAAUAUCUACACGACAGCAGUGUAUUUCACCGUGAUCUGAAACCAUCCAACAUUCUACUUACCGAAGAUGGUAUACUGAAGGUGGCAGAUUUUGGCUUGGCCAGAGAAUACGAAGGCCCUCAUAAGCAAUAUUCGCCAGACGUAGCAACACUAUGGUACUGUGCGCCAGAAUUGCUGCUAGACACCAAAACAUACGGCACUACCAUAGACAUGUGCAGUGUCGGGUGUAUAUUUACUGAAGUAAUUGUGUUCCAGCCACUGUUCGUCACUGAAUCAGUAAAAGGAAGUACUCCGGCACUGACACGGGAGAGGAUGUCACCUCUCACUCAACGUCUCUCGUUGGUGCCUUAG